AUGCUUUGCGUCUAUCCCCCCAUAAAUGUCAGCAACUCGCUGAUUGAAAGGAGCGACUUGCAGGACUCAGAUGUCGACACCGAAACCACUUCGGACACAGCUCGACUUACGGUACAUGAGGACGAGGUGGAGUUCUACUGGCCUCUCGCCUACUCCACAUGCUAUCCCGUCUGGCAGGCGGCUUGUGUGUUAAACACACCAUUCUAUGCCUAUCCUCUUAAAUUGUGGGCAGAUCCGAAUUACGUUGCCCAGCGUGAGCUUGCCCUCCUUGCAGCCACCAUCUUUGGUGAAGAUACAAGACGCAGCAGUGAAAUGACCACACCGAACGCCCUAGAGCCAGCGGGUGGGGAACCCAAAGCACAAGUGCAUAUUCCAAAGGAUGAGAUGGUUUUGGCGUCAAAAUCACUAAUGGAGUUGGACGCCACCUGUGAUAAGCGAGUGGGCGCCCAACUUCAGGGUAUUGGCAAAAAAAGAGGCACAAAGGUAUUAGAACGGGUCAAAACAAAGCUAUCUCUACUGACGAACUUCGAACAGAAGAUCAGGAAAAAGCGACCUGUUGUCGAGAAAACGAAAUCAGAAUCUACAGAGUCGUUCACAGAGGCUCCAAUACAGGAAGCAUAUUUCACUGACGAUGAAAUGAACAGUGCGCUACUUCUUCUUGAUCAUCAGUUCGGUAGCAGUAACAAAACGGCUCUACGAGUAGCAGAAGCUCUGAAUCGUGGAAAAGUGGCACUGCGAAAACUCCGAGUCUAUUUGGGUGAGGAAGGAGCAGCUGCCUUUUUGCGGACCAUCACAAAACCACGUUGGCUUAUGACUCUGCUAUCGAAUGCUUUGGGUUCCAUGAAGUCUGCUCUGAAAUGUAUCGACAUUUACCGAAGGUCUGAAGUUGGAUCCAGUGAAUACAAAGAUGUUACUGCAAGGUUGGUAGAAGUAGCAGGAAACGAAAAUUUCAUAAAAGCCUUUGUGCAGAAAUUUGGAGCCUUAAGAGAGACUGUGGCAAAUCGUUUAAUGGAACAGCUAAAAAUGAGUGCGGACGAGGUAGAUCAGAUCAUUGUGGGCUGCCUCAGUGGCGCAAAUAUUCCAAUGAGGAGGAUAGAGGGCCUCACCGGGGCAAACGCGGAGGUUAUUCAAGGACUACUCAAUGCUGUCAAGCACUGCGACGAGGAGGAGGUGGAAACGUACGUGGAAGUUCUCGUGGAUUGCAUUGCCGGAAAGCUGAAAACUGAUGAGGAGACGGCGGAAAGGCUAGCCCGUAUUCAGAAGCACCAGUCUGAAUUGGAACAGCAGAUUCAAAAGCAUCAGCAAGGUUUACAGGAAUCUCGUCACGGGCGCAAAUCAGCUAUCAUUAUUACAAUGCCUACCGAAGAGCAACAGCAACAACAACAACAACAACAGCAACCACAACCGCUUUACAGCGUCGAAGCAAGGCCUCCCGAAACAAGCCCAGCUCGUCAGGAUAAGCGAAAAGGUAAAAAGAAAGGACUCAAAGGCGCUGCCAAAGAUGAAAGGGUAAAAAGGGAGGUUCGGAAAGAAUCGAAGCAAAUGGCACCAAUGAUGAGGAUGCAAGAAGCAAAAAAGGCAGCCGAAGUAGUGGAAGAAGAGAUGAUGGGGGAGGAUGAAAUGACACUUCCUUCCUUUGAAUCUACUGUAUUGGACGAUUUGUCAAGUCAGGUCAACUCAAGCGAUGAAUUUCCCCACCGCAGUCGAAGUAUGACCGUGGGAUCUUUGUUAUCGAUGGAGGUGGGUCUCAUGAGCCCUUCAUGCGAAACACCUGAACUAGUCAAACUACACAUUGGAAUCAACAAGUGCUUAGCAAUGAGUUUGGGGGUCGAUUUACCAGAACAGACGUCUUUGGAGCUGCAGCAGUUAGUAGCUGGAAGAACUGAAGAGGCAAAACUCGGUCCUUCGGAAGUCCCUGUGACAACAGAUGAGCUGAUAAAUCUUCCCUUGGAGGCCUACAUUGUUGAUGAGGAACCGGGCAAUAUCAGUGAUAUUCUGCAUCCGGAAGACCUUCGUUUGAUUGACGCAAGACUAAGUAAACGUGUGUGGGAGUUGGAAAAUGCCGUAGAAUGUGAGGGUUUCUUAGAACCUGACAUUGGACUAGAACCCAAUCGCAUUGUGCUUGUCCUCCUCCGCUCCGCCAUCAGUGCAACAACUGCUCAACUGUUGGAAAUGAUCAACCACGUUAAUACUCUUUUGAAGCACUUUGUAAUUGUGGAGAAUGUGAAGGAGACCGUGAGGUAUAUGUGGGACUUGCUUUUUCGAAAGAUAGCCGCCGAGUUGCGCAGUGGUGAAUAUGAAGCUGGUGAGAAGACUAUAUACUUGGAAGCUGGUCGGCGCAUAAUUAAGCAACUCAAACAGUUGGGCGUCAAUACAUAUCACUACGUGUCCUAUCUUGAGGCCUCUGUAAUGCGAAAAUCUGUAAGUGAUGCAAUGGCCGUACACAAAGACCUCUUUCCCGGAACCUCAGUGGUUCCCAACAUCGAUCUUGGGGAGCUGCUUAAAGCUGUCGAGGAAGGUAGCUUGAAGCGCCUAUCUAGCUUAAAAGAGACUACCCCAACCUUCCAUUUCGCCAUCAAAGAAGCCGUAGAAGAGACCGAAUCCACUUAUUCGACGGCUACUCUAUAUACAAGCGAAAGGAAAAACAAAUCACCCUCCCCAUCUCCUACUGCUUCGAUUGCUGUUUCAAUGGAACUUACAGAGACAGAGAAACAGCCAACCUUCACCGAAGAGGAGCUAAGUUCCGAAUCUAGUGAUUCUGAGAUGGUGUGGUCACCUAGCAGGACUGCCGCUGGGAGACAGCUUGUAGACGUGGAAUCAUUUGAAGACGUGACAGAAGAUGUGUUAGCGAAACGACUCUUUGAAGCCUAUGGAGGCGAAAUGCAGACGACUCGACCGAGUUUGAUAAAGAUGGCACGAGAGAUGGUAGAAAACUCGAUGAUUUUUGAUGCAGCAGAGUUGAGAUCUUUACAAAGCACUGACCUGGAGAAUGUAGACGAAGCAGAGUUGGAGCUUGCAGUAGCCAAAGUUAUGCAAAAGUUGGAAGAUGAGGAGGCAGCAGCGAAACUCUUACGGGUGGCAACUCCUGAGAUCGAAGAGGUGGAGACACUGGAGAUGAGGAUGGCUAGAGCUCGUACCCUCCUUGCACAAAGACGAACACGCACGACUGAAGAAGAGUCAUCCAAGGAAGUAGAGCCUGUAUCCCUCACUCCUCCUCUGCCUCCCUACCAUGCGGAUGUGGUAAAACACCAGCUACAGAAUAUCAUUGAGGAGUUGGAAUUGAGCCGAAGAAGUCAACAAGAUUUAAACACCCUUGAGAGGAUUUUGUGGCUUACUUUGCCCGAAAAUGUGGCCGACCGUUAUGAACUGUUUGUGCGUGUCGCAGACUUGCAAAGGUACAAUUUUAAGGCCAAGCACUCUCCAUCUAGACGCGGUCAAUUUUCGACUGAAGCGCUAAAGUCUCUUCUCGAGUCAAUUUUGGUGGAUGUUACUGACCUAUUAACUCUGCUUGACCCCGAAUUUGAGAUUGAAGAUGAGCAACGAUAUACCAUUUACGAUCAACUGAGAACAAAUCUCGAUGUGCUUUGUUGGUUCCAGCUCGAUAUCGAUGGGUAUGAGGAGCAGUUGCAGUCGUACUUGCGUUACAUACCUCAAUCUCUGGCAAAAUUUGUGGACGCGGAAACACCCCAACCAUGGCAUAAGGUUACAAUUCAAGGAACUGAGGCGGACAAAAGUGUGGGUAAUGUUGACUCAGAGGAGGAAUUUGCCGAAAUGCCAAAUGAAGCGAUUCAUUUUGCACCACUGGCUGAUUCACUUACUGAGGAAAUCAAGGAGCGCAUGCAUGAUAGGAAUUUCGAAGGCGAAUUGUUUAGUGAACUCUCGCCAACGCAGAAGCAGGCCAACAAAUUAGUGGCGUACAUGAAUUGGCGAAGGAAGAAAAUUGAAAUGACUGGGACCACGGCACGAUGUCUUUUUUCCAUUGCACCCGAAAUCGUGAAUCAAGACAGGAACAUCUUCCUUGAAGUCAUCAAACUUGUUGAUGUUCAGGCCCUCAGUGCCGAAGGUGCAACACUGUUUGUCAGUAGUACACUGCAAGAUCUGCUAGAUCUAAUGUUGAUAGUGCUCAACAAAGACGACUUUCAGAAGGACGAGAGACAAAUGGCUUACAACCAGUGUCGUGCCAUGAUGGAAGUUUUGCAAUGCUUCAAAGUUCCAAUUAAGGAAAUCAAGAGCAACUUCGAUGAGAUUUUUGUGGAUGGGAAUUUUCCCACCAUCAGUGAUGAUUGCGCGAUUGAGAAAAAUUCAAAGAUUUGCAAUUUCGUUCAUACCAAAGUGACAUUUGAUGGCAUUGCUUGUCAGGUGCUGGAUGACUUGGUUUACUGUCAUCUAGACUUCUUCGUUGAUCUGCCUCAAGCCUGUGUACACGAACUGCCAUAUGAAGUAUUGGAUGGUAUUGGUGGUCGACUUCGGAUCGAGGAGACUGAACGUGAACCCCUUAAAAGCUACCUCAAACACAUUGAUGAACAGGCGUUUGUUGAUCAAGACAGGUACGACUUUGAAAGGACCAGAGCACUGGCUGUCCACGCUUUAAGACUUCACCCUCAAGAUGUGAAUGAGAUUGUGAAAGGCCAAAUAGAGGUGCAUGCACUGGAGGAGCAAAAACGUAGAUUACAAGAAGAGAGCAAGGCAAGAGCGGAAUCCGUCCCUGAAUUUGAGAAGAUCAUAGACAGAUGGCUGUCGGAGGUGGUCCAGCCCACCGCAAUUCCUUCAGCAAAAGUGCUACCACAGGAAACUGGAGUGGAAAUGCGUCAACAGAAGGAGACGUUAGCACCUGGUCACCCGGCUCCAGGGGAAGGCUCAUUGGAAGAAAAGAAACCUCAAAUGAAGAAGGAAUUCACCACACCGAUUACACCAAAGCAGAAAAUGGAAGGUUGGAUGCAAUUUAUUACAGAGAAUGAGCCGAUUGCACUAAAAAAUAGGCUAAAAUUUGAUUGCUUGUCUUCUAAUCCACACUACUUAAAUUACUGCCUGCUUACAUUCUAUUCUUACCCAAUUCCCUUUUUCAAGAAAGAUGUGUUGAAACUACUGGAGAAAAAUGAAAAGCUAGAGAUUCAAAGGGAAAAGUUCGCGCGACACCUAGCAGCUGUAGAAGCGGCUAAGAAGAAAGUGAGUCUCAUACCUCGAAAUUGGUUAAAAGGGCAGAAAAUCCCUAUGCGAAGAAUAACGCAUCCGGUUUUAUUUCAGCUCUCUGUUAUCUAUGAGAGACUGGGAGAUGUGUCCGCCACAGCAAAGAGGAAGGCCUAUGACCAGACCUCGAAGUUGAGAAAAGAGGAGGAACAGCAUUCACGGAAGAAACUAAAAUCACAGGAGGGCGAGGAAACUUUUAUUGCCCCAACAAAAUCAACUCGUACUAAGGAGUCGCUUAAGAGGGUAUCAAGAAUUGCUAAAGCACGAAAGGAUAAAACGUUGAUAAAGAAAAAGUCAGAAGUUAAAAGUACACCUCGAGAACAGCUCUCAUUAUUACCUUCGUCGCAUCUUCCUCCAUUGGAGCUUAAAAUGGCCACAAUGGUGCGUGAAAUUCUACCUCCAGUUAUUCACAAAUUUGCCGAGAUAGAAAGCAUUUACAGUGUUUCACCACUAUCGCCGCCUCCGCCUUCUCCUCCACAUUCUGGUCGUACGAGACUCCCUCCCCUUUGGCAGGACCAGCAGAUACGAUGGAGAAAUAUUUUCUUACGUGAAAAUCAGUUUAACGAGGUCAACAUACCAAAGGUGGAGGUGAUUAAACCCAUAGACAUGACAAUAAAGAAUAUUCAACCGUUAAAGUCAGUCAGAGCACGCAAACACUGUGUUGAAGAGCGAGUGAAUCACGUGGCACGAGUAACCGAGCCUGCAACGACAAUGACUAGUGAAACCUUAAAGUCGAUUUCAGUUGAAGACGGACUACCGAAGAGAAUGGCACAUUGGUUCAAUCGAAUUAGCCGAAAGGAAACCAUGCGUAGGAAGAACAUUAUUCUUUCCUCACUAAGUCGAAGUGUGUGGCAAGAAAUCCCUGACUUACAGGCGGCUAUACGAUUUCCGCGGCCUUCAAUGAUCACCUCCGAAGGAAAAGAAUCAGCAGAGGUGGGAGAGCAACUACAAGAAUUGUCGUGGCUACCAGUUUCACAUGUGGAAGCAAAUCAUCGCUUCAUCACGGAUGAAUUAAGAAUAAAUUUGAUUUUGAAACGGCUUAGAAUGCAGCUAGAUACCCAUGAUCUGGUUGAGGUGAUGAUUGAUCUGCACACCGGCCGAGCGAGCAAGAAGACAAAAGAAAUUGUGGAGAACAUCUAUACAACAAUUAAGGACCAAAAGUACACGCACUUAUCGGAUGAGGCGGCGGAGAAGUGUCGACCGCAGUGUCGUCCAAGCGACUUGUCAUCGGUGGAGUGGAAACGAAUUGGAGCUGAUGUGCGCUCCGCCCAUCCCUCUGAUGAACAUUCGUUUCCAGGCUAUUUUACUGCCGAUAGCAUAGGAGAUGGCAAACGUGCUCACUGUGAGCAGGAGAAAAUGGCUGAACUGGGGUCCUUCCGCACUGACCUUACCUUCAGUAGGGUCAAUCGACGUGCCAACAUAAUUGGACGUGUUCGCACCUAUGUGCAGGAGAGAUGUAAGUUCUCUUAUAACCCUCGUCCCAAGCAUCGUUUCCUAUUUCUUACUAAAUAA